UAAUGAUCAUCCAUGAGUUGGCUUCUACAGGUAAUGUAAUGAUCAUCCAUGAGUUGGCUUCUACAGGUAAUGUAAUGAUCAUCCAUGAGUUGGCUUCUACAGGUAAUGUAAUGAUCAUCCAUGAGUUGGCUUCUACAGGUAAUGUAAUGAUCAUCCAUGAGUUGGCUUCUACAGGUAAUGUAAUGAUCAUCCAUGAGUUGGCUUCUACAGGUCAUGUAAUGAUCAUCGAUGAGUUGGCUUCUAUAGGUCAUGUAAUGAUCAUCCAUGAGAUGGCUUCUACAAGUAAUGUAAUGAUCAUCCAUAAGAUGGCUUCUACAGGUAAUGUAAUGAUCAUCCAUGAGAUGGUUUCUACAUGUAAUGUAAUAAUCAUCCAUGAGUUGGCUUCUACAGGUCAUGUAAUGAUCAUCCAUAAGAUGGCUUCUACAGGUCAUGUAAUGAUCAUCCAUGAGUUGGCUUCUACAGGGCAGCUGAAAGGAGACAAGUUACUUGAUAUCAGUAUUGGGUCCCUAAUCUACCAACUCUUUUCAGUCAGCAAUAUUUACAAAGAGAUCUAUGUUGUGCAGAUGAAUGAUGACAGCUUCACACACUUCAAGCAAUGGAUGGACAAGGACGACAAAGCCACUGAUUGGUCACAAUGUACCAAACGAGUCUGCCAUCUUGAGGGUAACAGACAAGAAUGGACGGAAAAGGAAGACCAGGUUAGAAAAGUCAUUAAAGGGGUUUAUAAGUGGGACAACCAUGAAACCAAUGGCCUGGAUCCUAGAGUGGUGCCACAGGUGGAUUUUGUCCUCAGUCUAUGGAUAUUAAAUGUUGUCAGUAAAACAAAGGAAGACUUCCAGAGGAACCUGGAGAGAUUCACAUCCAGACUGAAACUUGGAGGCCAGGUGCUGCUGUUUGUGGUGCUGAACAUGACCUUCUACAAGGUGGGCAGCCAUCGCUACUUUUGCCUGACUUUGGACGAGACAGAAGUACAAGAACUCGUGAUUAAAGCCGGCUUCAUCAUUGAAAAGUCAUCAGUCAUUAAAGCUGUGGAGCCCAAUGAUAUUGUUGACUACAGCCAUAUGGGUUUUGUCCUUGCUCGCAAAGUAAAAUAAGCCUGAAAACCAAAGCCUAGAGAUCCCCUCUCAUGGUGAGGGGGAACCAAACUUACAAUAUUAAAAAAUAUAUAAUACAUAUUGCCA